UUAAAGGGCGAUUGCUCUUCCUGAUUUGGUGUUUUUCAUCAAUGCUCAUUAAGAAAUGCUAGCGGCCUUGACUGAAGGCAAAAGAACGUUUUCUUGAGUGUGGGGUUUGAUGUGGGUGUGUCUUUGCCAUUCAAUCACAACAAACAAGGCCAGUAGUGAGUACAGCGAGAUAAGCUAAGCUAGCUUUGCUAUGAAGAGAACAAAAUUUUGAAGUAGAGGACUUCUCCCUUCUCAUAAUGGUCAGCAAAUUCAGAAACGUGUAGGCUAAAGUCUGAGCUGACCUUGUCUUUAGCCAAGCUGAAAGCAGCUUGUGGGGUAUUCAAUGUGAACAUCCCACACAUCUUCCUCUGAAAUGCUACAUCACAAAACACGUUAGCUUGAUGUAUUUAGCUAGCUACAGAAUCAUUCCCCUUUCAUCUGUGGAAUCAUAGAUAGCCUGGCUCGCUAGCAUUAUCAAAUUAGGUUGUAUAACCAAAAGUAGCUACUAGCUAGCUAGUACUAGCUAUCUACUUAGAUAACAUACUCACCAACACCAGUAGUUUGACGGUUGACAGGCAGCAGAAGUGACCGUGUCGGUUGUAAUCCAUUCCUGGCCAUCUGGCAAUAUUGUUGAAAUGCAUUGGAAGUUUGAACUAAAUUUAUGUAAGCCCAUUUUCACUCCUAUUUGCCGAGCUAAAUGCUUGUGCUUUCCACCCAUAUGCAGACUUGACAACACAUGUCCAUGUGGCAGCUGGGGACGGACCUUAACGUGUUGUCUCUGGGCAAUUGGACAUCAUUGGCAAAAGUGGCCAUAAACCCUCUUUUCCAGGAUAGUCUGGACGUCAGACCUCAUCUCCUGGUGCUGAACAAGAUGGACCUGGCUGACCUGUCUGCCAAGCAUAUGAUUUUGAAACAGCUUGAAAGACAUGGAGUGAAGAAGGUCCUGUUCACAGACUGCCUCAGACAGAGAGAUGACAACGUCAAAAAGCUGGUUCCCAUGGUCACAGAAUUAAUCGAGAGCCAGCCACGCUUCCACCGAGAGGAGAACACCAACUUCUGUCUGAUGGUGAUUGGGGUGCCCAACGUUGGAAAGUCAUCACUCAUCAAUGCUCUGAGGAGAACCAACCUCAAGAAAGGUCGGGGGUCAAAAGUAGGAGGGGAACCAGGCAUUACCAAAGCAGUGUUGACUAGAAUACAGGUGUGUGAGAGACCCAUCAUCCAUCUUCUAGAUACGCCUGGUGUCCUUCCUCCGAAGAUACAGAGUCUGGAGACAGGCAUGAAGCUAGCCCUAUGUGGGACCAUCCUAGACCAUCUAGUAGGAGAAGACAUCAUGGCAGACUACCUACUGUUCUCUCUCAAUAGACUGGAGAAGUACAGUUACGUGGAGAGGUAUGAUCUCAGUGAGCCUAGUGAUGACAUCCAGCAGGUGUUGAAACGUAUCGCUGUCAAACUGGGAAAGACUCAACGGGUUAAAGCCAUCACUGGAGUGGGUAACAUCACCCUCACAGUGCCUAACUACACAGCAGCAGCCUAUGAUUUCAUCAGAGCGUUCAGGAAGGGAGAGCUGGGACGGGUCAUGCUGGACUGACCACUACCACACCACAGACUGACUACAACACAGACUGAUCACUCUCUCACCAGAGACCUUGUAGGAAAUCCUUGUGGUUUAUCAUCUCUGCUCUUUAGUCUCACCCAACACAGAGCAGCUGAUCAGUAAGAAUGCCGACACUGUUGUUUGUACAUAAUGUACCUGUUAGUGUAAAUGCACACAAUCAUAAUAAAAUGUAUUUUAUGUAGAGUGUCUUGAUUGCACAACAGUUUUAAAUGGGAUUGUACAGUAACCGGUGAGGGGAAAGUGCUUUGGGAAGGGAGUAGUGGGUUAGGGAUAGGGGGUUGAUUUGGGAUUGGGUGUGGCAUUCGAUUCAUGGAUGGGGUCGAUUACAUUUCAAUUCAGUUUGCUCAUUGCUUUUGUCAUGAACGUUUUAGAAAUAAUUAUGUAGCUGGCAGUCGUCACUCAUUCAUAGGAACAGUACAACUAUUGCUGACACAGUCAUGGAAAGUCAGUGUCUAAUUAGUCUGCAGGGGCAUAAAUGUUUACCUAUAAAAACCACAUAUUUAAGUGUAUACAGUUCACAAUGUAUGCUAGCGAUCCAUUUGAUAUAUAUGAAUAUAGCUUCUUAGGUGUAUGAGAGAGAUUUGUUUUUAGUGAAAGUAACUUCAAUGAAGAUCCCAUUUUUAACAGCUCAUUCUGUACACUCUAAAUAAUGAUGUUGACUCACCAAAAACCCCACUUCAAACUUGUAUCUGAAACAGACGGUUUCAAAAAUGCUUGCUAUUUCCUGAUAUUAUGUGACCUCACAUACUUUGGCAAGAUGUUGGCUCAUUGGCUGAGCUCGGAAAUCAGAUGUUUACUUGUAAUUCAUAUUUAUAAUAACCAGUAUACGCCCGCACCAUUCUGUUGUUUGUGAACAGGACAAGCAGGGGGACACAGAAAAGAUGCUUUUUAACAUACUUUAAUACCUCUUUCACUCAUAUUGUAAUUCAUUAUUAGGUCAAAUUUCAUUCAAAUCUGGAACACUGGACAGCUACUGAGACUAUAAGUGAGAGAUUUGUCUCACAAAUUAUGUGAUGCUGACUUGUCAAUGCUCCUUUUUAACGAUACCUUUUAGUUCCCACCAAUGUCUGGCCAUCCUGACUUCUGUCCCCGACUCUAAAAUAGCUUUGCCUCCCCAGGGCAGGAUAGCAGACCUGUAGAACGAGCCACAAGGCCCCUCUUGUCACAUCUACUCCAGCUCCUCCCCUCUGGCGUUCCACGUUGCCGGUAUACUAAACACCGGUCCUGGGGUCUAUCAGUGCGCACACCUGGCAUCAAUCAUUCUGCGCACCUGCACGUCAUCAUGAGGCACACCUGGACUCCAUUACCUCACUUAUUACCUCCCCUUUAUCUGGAAUGGGCCACGGCCAUCUGGAAGAGAGGAGGAGGAGCUAGAUUCAUAUGAAGGGUUCAUGGCUCUGUUUAAAUGUAUCUUCGAUCAUCCACCAGAUGGCAGAGAGGUUGGUGAGCGUUUACUUCAAUUACGGCAGGGGGUCCAGACUGCUGCAGGGUACACGCUCACCUAACAGACAGUAGCAGCAUCCAGCGGCUGGAACGAGCCGGCGCUUCGUACGCUAUUCAGAAGAGGACUGUGCGAGGAGGUCCAGAUGGAACUGGCCUGUCGAGACGACAACCUCUCCUUGCACACACUCAUUGCAAUGGCCAUCUGUCAGGAUAACCUACUUCGGGAGCGUUGGUACUCUCAUCUCUUUCAUUAAGGGUGGUCCCCGUAGGUUGGUGUGGAGCCCAACAGGAACAUCCCACUCUGCAAGAAACCGAGCCCCCGGUUUGUGAGGCCGUUCAAGGUCCUCCGGAGGUCAACGAGGUGACGUAUAGAUUACAGCUUCCCAGUGACUACCAUAUCUCACCUUCUUUUCAUGUCUCCCUUCUCAGGCCGGUGGUUCCUGAUCCCCUAACUGAUGCUGUCCCCAACGACACCCCUCCACCCCCCCUGGACAUCAACGGGAGUCCGGCCUAUGCCAUCAAAUCCCGACUGAACUACUAACGUCGUGGGGGUCGGCUCCAGUACCUGGUGGACUGGGAGGUGUAUUGCCCAGAGGAGCGGUGUUGGGUUCCGGUGGAGGACAUUCUGGAUCCCAACAUCAUCCGUGAUUUCCACCUUCACAGCCUGGACCGGCCCGCUCCUCGUCCUCUGGUCUUCCGUCUGGUUGGCGUCGUCCUGCGGCUGGAGCCGCGCAUCAGGGGGGCAGUACUGUAAUGUCUACUCCCGCUCCUCCCCUCCGGCGACAUGGUAUACUAACCAGUCCUAGUCCUAGGAUCCAUCAUUACGCAAACCUGCACAUCAUCAUGAGGCACACCUGGACUCCAUUACCUCCCCUAUAUCUGGUACUCCCUUAGGUUCCUUUCCCAGUCAGUAUUUAUCCUGUGUUUAUGCAUAGACCCUACUGUUAUGUUCUCAUUCCAUGUUUGUUUUAUUAAACGUUUCACCUGCU